GCAGGAUGACUGCUAAUUUCCAAGAUGGCGGCGGAGGGAGGAGGGAAGGAGAUGAACGAAAUUAAAACUCAGUUCACCACUCGGGAAGGCGUCUAUAAACUCCUCACUCACUCCGAAUACAGCCGCCCCAACAGGGUGCCUUUCAACUCCCAGGGCUCCAACCCGGUCAAAGUCUCCUUCGUCAACGUCAACGACCAGUCCGGCAACGGCGACAGAAUCUGUUUCAAUGUGGGCCGGGAGCUAUACUUUUAUAUCUACAAAGGCGUCAGAAAGGCUGCUGACCUUAGCAAGCCUAUUGAUAAGAGGAUAUACAAGGGAACACAGCCCACCUGCCAUGACUUUAACCACCUUACGGCCACGGCGGAGAGCGUGUCUCUGCUGGUGGGCUUCUCCGCCGGUCAGGUGCAGCUCAUCGACCCCAUCAAGAAGGAGACCAGCAAGCUCUUCAAUGAAGAGAGGCUAAUAGACAAGUCGCGGGUGACCUGCGUGAAGUGGGUGCCAGGCUCGGAAAGCCUCUUCCUGGUGGCGCACUCCAGCGGGAGCAUGUACCUGUACAACGUGGAGCAUGCGUGCGGAACCGCAGCGCCGCACUACCAGCUGCUGAAGCAGGGCGAGGGCUACGCUGUGCACACCUGCAAGAGCAAGUCGGCCCGCAACCCCCUGCUCAAAUGGACGGUGGGCGAGGGCGCGCUCAACGAGUUCGCCUUCUCGCCCGACGGCAAGUUUCUGGCGUGCGUGAGCCAGGACGGCUUCCUGCGGGUGUUUAACUUCGAUGCUGUGGAGUUGCACGGCACCAUGAAGAGCUACUUCGGCGGGCUGCUGUGUGUCUGCUGGAGCCCCGACGGUCGCUAUAUCGUGGCGGGCGGCGAGGACGACCUGGUGACCGUCUGGUCUUUCUCGGACUGCCGGGUGAUUGCGCGGGGCCACGGGCACAAGUCAUGGGUGAGCGUGGUGGCGUUUGACCACUACACGACCAGUGUGGAGGAGAGCGACCCCUUAGAAUUUAGCGGCAGCGACGAGGACUUCCAGGACCAAAUCCACUUCGGCCGCGAGCGGGCCAACAGCACGCAGUCACGGCUCUCCAAGCGCAACUCCACGGACAGCCGGCCGGUCAGCGUCACGUACCGCUUCGGCUCAGUGGGGCAGGACACGCAGCUGUGCCUGUGGGACCUGACGGAGGACAUCCUGUUCCCCCACCUCCCGCUGUCCCGAACGAGGACACACACCAACGUCAUGAAUGCCACCACCAGCCCCCCCACCGGGGGUAGUGGCGUCACGGCAAGCAGCAACAACCCCGGCGCCAACGGCAACCCGGCCACCGCUCCUGGUAACUCCCUCUUGACGUCGCUCCCACGCUCCAACAGCCUGCCGCAUGCGGCGCCUGCCACCACCACGCCGGCCACACCUGCCCCCACCCCCACCCCCACCCCUACCCCCACCACCACCACCGCCAACAGCAAAGCCAGCAUCAUGGACAGCGCUAUCGCCUCGGGCGUCAGCAAGUUCGCCACGCUCUCGCUGCAUGACCGCAAGGAGCGGCACCACGACAAGGACCACAAGCGCAACCAUAGCAUGGGCCACAUCAGCAGCAAGAGCAGCGACAAGCUCAACCUGCUGGCCAAAGGCCGCUCCGACCCCGCCCGGACCCUGGGUACGGCGCUGUGCCCGCGCAUGGAGGACGUGCCCUUGCUAGAGCCGCUCAUUUGCAAAAAGAUUGCGCACGAGAGACUCACCGUGCUCAUCUUCCUGGAGGACUGCCUCGUCACAGCCUGCCAGGAGGGCUUUGUUUGCACAUGGGCAAGGCCCGGCAAAGUGGGUUUAUUGUCCUCCCAAAACCAAGCCAACUCUCCCAGCGGGACUGUAGUAUAGCCACCGUGUUUCAGCUGCUAAGAAAAGCCCUGGUCACAGAGACGCAAUGACAUCGCCAGAGCCCAGCUCCACUCGGCACGCGCACCGCAAAGCCCUUUCUUUUUCCUUUUUGUUCCCUCAUUCUGUUUUUCUUUUUUCCCUCCCCAAAAACACGCCCCCAGCGCAG